AUGUCGCAAUACAUCGACAGAAAAGAGGCCAUGAAGUCCUACAGGCCCAAAGCAGGCACAAUGUCUCCCGGGCUCAAACGCGCACGCGAGCCCUACCGCGUCAAAAACGCCAUCCUAGGCCUCUUCCUCGCCGCAUUCUCAGUCGGCGUCUGGGCCUACUCCAUCAGCGCCGUCAAACAGGACGUCUUUGACGAUAUCGACGAAGAGGCCGACGCGCUCGGGGCGACGGGGACAGGGACGGGGCUCGGUGUUGCGGUGUUGGCAAAGGCUACUGAGGGCAAGCAUGCGGGUGCGGGUGCGGGUGCGGGUGCGGGUACCAGUACAAGUGUUGAUGCGAAUGCGAAUGCGAGUGUGAAUGUGACGGGGACAGCCUCACCGACGUUCGCUGCGUCCCACGCAACAUCUCCGCUACCGAACCCAGCCGCGUCGACAGUGCUCAGCGAAGUGUCCAAGUCCAAAUCGAAAGGCCUGCUCACGCACCUCGACAGCCGACUACCCUGGCUGCUCGAUCCGCAAAGCAAGACGCUAGUAUGGGGCGCGCCGCCCGUUGACAAUGUGGGCAAGAUGGUGUGGCGGUCGUCAUGA